UGUACCUUCCACUCUCCAUUGUCUUUUCCCCUUUUUCGUUCUUUUAUGCGGACCAAAUUGACCUCACAAUCCUAUUUGCCUGCGCGACGUGCUCACGAGCAACGCGGCGAAGAAAAGUUGCGGCGAGCAUGGCAUUAUCUAUUCGGGAAGGUCCGGGGGCAUAAUGGUAAACUCCCUUCCUGCGGCUGUGAGGUCAAGAGAGACCCGAUAUGUACUUUGUGGUCGUCCCGCGGAUACUCGCUUAGAUAUGGAGAUGCCUGCCAGUGAAGGGGAGGCGAGGCAGGAAAUAGAGGGAGGCAUCGCAAGAGCAGAGGAGCUUCGAGCACUUCGCGCUGCUUUCUUGCAGGGGAAUCCUCCUUCCCACUUCUCUGGCCGCCCCUACCCUCUUUUCACUCCUAGCUACGAAGACGAGCCGGCGGCAGCUUAUCAACAGACAGUCUCGAGUUGGAACGAGAACCAUGUCAAAGCAGGGCCAUAUACGGACAUCGUCGUGCCCCAUUCACACUCAAGAAAGGGACUCACUUUUGCUUUUGCCAAUCCCAGCCUUCACUCUCAUUUAUGCCCGGCUGAUGAUAACAAAUCCGUAAAUGGUUCGGGUGCCGACAACACUACCGUCCUUCAAACAUCACCCGCCACCAAUGGUAACGACUGCUUCAAGUCCGGGCGAAGAAACAGCUUGGACGAUUUCAACUCUCUGUCCUCCUGCAAUAGAUGUCAGCCUCUCCUCAUCACUGCAAAAUCUGAAAACUCCAGUAACGCCGAUACUUCCACUGUUCUUGUCCCUCUUGUCGAUUCUCGCCUGUCUCUUCCAUCGCAACCCAAGAGUAAGGGCGUUAUUUCUUGGCUGUUCCCUCGGCUAAAGAAGAAGCAUAACAAGAACGAGACUUCCCCAAACAGAACGGAGUCCGAGGAAGUUUCUCAGGUUCUUAAGGAUUUGGGAAACCUGUCGAUCGAGGCACUGAAGAAAGAGCUCAUUGAAGCAAAUGAGAACAGAGAUGCCGCCUUAAUGGAGGUGUCAGAGAUGAAAUCUUCAUUUGGGGAGCUUAAACAAAGGUUGGAGUACCUGGAGAGUUACUGUGAAGAGCUGAAGAAAGCAUUGAGACUAGCAAAGGAUUGCCGUGUUCAUGAAAAGCUCAAUAAUCUGCCCGAGAGAGGAAAACCAUCUCUUGGGAGCGCGGAAAAUGUGAUGCCUGUGAGUGAAGAAGUAUUGGUAGAGGUGUUCUCGCAGAUAGUAUCGGAAGGCAGAUUAUCAGUGAAGCAAUUCUGUAAAACCCUCGUAAGCCAGAUUGAAGAAACUGAUCGUGCCUUAACUCAGAAUCUAAACCAGCUUCUCCAACCAUUCAAGCUGUCUCUGAACGCCAAGUACUCGAAGGCAGUGUUAUACCAUUUUGAAGCUUUCGUUAAUCAGUGUCUCUACCAAGACUAUGAGAAUUGUGUGUUCCAAAAGAAUGGAUGCCCUAGAUUCUUGGAUCCACGGCAGGGUCGCCAGGCACAUUUCUCAUCAUUCGUGGCGCUUAGGAAUCUGAGCUGGAACGAGGUAUUGAGAAAGGGGACAAAAUAUUACAGCGAGGAGUUCAGCAAGUUCUGCGACCGAAAAAUGAGUUGCAUUAUCACUUGUCUAAAUUGGAGUCGAGCUUGGUCUGAAGAGCUGCUCCAAGCAUUCUUUGUUGCUGCAAAAUGCAUAUGGUUGCUUCAUUUGCUGGCAUAUUCCUUCAACCCACCAUUUGGAAUUCUGAGGGUGGAAGAAAACACGAGAUUUGAUGGGCAUUACAUGGAAGAUAUGUGUGGGGAUAGGCAGAGAUUACGGGGGCCAAGCAGGGUGAAGAUGAUGGUGAUGCCUGGGUUCUAUGUGGGGGAUAGGGUGUUGAGGUGUAAGGUUCUUUGCAGGUACAAGUCUGCAACCUAGUCGGUGUUGCUGCUGUUGUUCAUUUUUGUUGUGCACUUUUUCUGUCAUUUUCACUUUCCUGUCAAUAGUCUAUCUAUACCUUGCCCAAUGGAUGCGAUCCUUUGAAUUUUGGUAA